AGAAGCGGCCCCAGCACCAGUGGGGCGUCGAUGGUCCCGCGGCGUGUGGGCGCCAUGCCGACUCCCGCGCGCUGGGCCGCGGUGCUGGGGGCGGCCGCCAUCGCCUGGGCGCGCUACGGUGGGCUCGCCGCCGCCUUCAGCGCCGCCCCUGGCAGGACUGCGCCCCGGACGGCGACGCUGCCCGCCGGCGCGGCCUCGCGACAUCUGGACCCGCCGCGGCCGCACCUGCAGGGACCCCCCGACGCGGCUGCCGGCUGGCGGCCCUGCGCGGCCGCGGCAGUGGCGUUGGCCGCGUUCGCCUUGGUGGGCUCGGCGACGCGAUCAGUGGCUGCAAGCAAGAGUACGCAGGGCGCUGGCGCGCCGCUGGCCCGGGUGCACGCCCUGGAGCUCCCCACGCUGGCCGCGCGCAGCGGUGCUGCUGCUGCGGCCUCGACGGCGCGGGGAUCGCGCAUCGUGGCGGGCGUCAAGCAGCCGAAAAAGAUGUGGAAGGGCAGAGUGUUUGACUUCGACCAGAAGCGGAUCGCCCCGCCCGAGUUUCGCGAGAGGCGCCCGGGGCCCGAGUUCUCUCCGGCGCCGGGCAACGACCAGUAUUCCAUCAACAGCCUGAAGUGGCACUACGUCGACAAGAAAUACGGCUCGGGCCUCAGCGUCC